GUUCUUGUGCGCAUGCGCGAUUGCAGCUCUGGUAUUUAAAGUUCAGGGGAAACUUUUAGGUGAGCUUGACGUUUGUUUUUUUAAAACGUAAAGAUGAUAACUGCAGUGUUAAGCAGCGUUUUAACCGGAUUACUGGCCCUGCUCGUUUACCAAAGGGUCGCUUAUCCCUUCUUCUGGGCGGAUUUCAUGUUUUACCUCAAACUUCAGAGGUUCAAGCGAACGGCGCAGGCUCGCGCGCACCGGGGAGUCGUCACGUUCCUCGACUGUUUCCUCCACCAGGCUGAGAGGAAUCCCACGAAACCUUUCAUCGUCUUUGAGAACCAGACCCUCACGUACCAGGACGUGGACGGGAGAAGUAACCGGAUCGCGAGGGCUUUCCAAACGUGGGGCUCUUUGAAACAGGGCGACACCGUUGCCCUGUUGAUGUGCAACGAGCCGGACUUUGUGUGCGUGUGGCUGGCUCUGUGUAAACUGGGCUGCGAGGCGGCCUUCAUCAACACUAAUGUUAAAGCUGAAGCUCUUCUUCACUGUUUCCGGAGCUGUGGAGCCAGGACGCUGGUUGUCGGACCAGAUUUGGUGCAUUUGGUGAAGGAGGUGCUGCCUGAUCUGAAACAAGACAACAUUGAUGUGUGGGUGGUGGACAAGACAUCAGAGGAGUUCAACAGUUUGUUAGAUAAAGUGGAAAAUGUUUCCGGAGAAACCUUGGAAAACAUCCCAAAAGUUCACAUCAUGUCAAACUUCCUGUUCAUUUUCACCUCCGGCACUACAGGUCUCCCAAAGGCAGCCCGUGUCGGUCACCUGAAAGCCAUUGGGAGCAUGGCACUCUUUGACAUGUGCGGUGCAACGGCUGAUGACAUCAUUUACAUCACUCUUCCUCUUUACCACAUGUCUGCCUCUCUCCUAGGGAUUGGAGGAUGCAUACACCUUGGUGCAACAUGUGUGCUGAGAAGGAAGUUCUCUGCCAGUCAGUUUUGGAAGGAUUGUCUAAAAUACAAUGUGACUGUGGUGCAGUACAUAGGCGAGCUUUGUCGAUACCUACUUAAUCAGCCUACGGUUCCAGAGGAAAGAGCCCACUGUGUUUGGUUGGCCGUAGGAAGUGGUCUCAGAUCAGAUAUAUGGAAGAAGUUUCUGACACGAUUUAGUAUUCGUACAAUCAGGGAGGGCUAUGGAUUGACUGAGACCAGCAUUGGCUUCCUCAACUACACUGCUGAAGUUGGACCAAUUGGGAGGGCCAGCUACUUCAACAAGCUUUCUAUUCCUUUUGAGCUUUUGAGAUAUGACCCACAAACAUAUGAGCCAGUACGAGCAAAAUCUGGAAGAUGCAUACAAGUACAAAAAGGAGAGGCAGGGAUCUUGGUGACCCCGGUGACAACAAUGAACCAAUUCCUGGGCUAUGCUGGAAACCAGGUGGAGUCUGAGAAGAAGCUGCUAAAAGAUGUGUUUAAAGUCGGGGAUGUCUAUUUCAACACUGGAGACCUUCUGCUCUGUGAUCACAGAGACUUCCUUUACUUCCAUGAUCGUAUUGGAGACACGUUCAGAUGGAAAGGGGAGAAUGUAUCUACUACAGAAGUGUCAGAUGUUUUAGGUCUUCUUGACUUUAUCCAAGAGGCCAACGUUUAUGGAGUCUCUGUAUCAGGAUAUGAAGGUCGGACAGGAAUGGCUGCUAUUGUGUUAAAACAGGAUCUCAAACUAGAUGGAAAAAAACUCUAUGAGCAUUUAGUGAAAACCCUGCCUCUUUAUGCAUGGCCCCGCUUCCUCAGAAUACAAACGUGUGUGGACGUCACAGAGACCUUCAAACAACAGAAGCUUAAAUUGGUCCGAGAAGGUUUUAAUCCAGAUUUGACGCAGGAUACUCUAUACUUCUUAGAUGUCUCUCAGAAAGAUUACAUUCCUCUGACUCCAGUUCUAUAUCAAGACAUUGUGUCUGCAAAAACAAAGUUGUGAUGAUGUCAGCACAUUAGUGUAGCUGUAGAAACAGUGAAUGCUGGAAAUACAGAUGAUUAACUUUUAUUUGUCUUAUCUCAACAAUUUCCUUAUCCCAUUAUGGGAUUAGGGCCAGCCCUGGCCAAUUUGAUACCCUAGGCAAGAUUUUAGGUGCUGCCCCUUGUUCAAUUUUCUAAAUCUCACUGUCAAUACACAUUGAUUGAUUGAUUGAUUGAUUGAUUUUGAGCCAUAUAAAAAUAAAAUACACAUUAUACCAUUUACUGGGUAAACCAGAAAGGAGAUGGAUACACAAUAAAUAUGUAUACAGUACAGACAAGAAUUUGUCUAAGUCAUCCAUUUCAUUUUUGUAUAAAACACACAGUAUUUAUACAUAAUCAAAUUUGACUCAAAGGAUUGGGAGGAAGACUAACUUAUUUACUACUGGUAAAUGGACUGUACUUAUAUAGCACCUUUCUAUCCAACUAGGAUACUUGGGCUUUACACUACAACCUGUGUCCUCAUUUACACAACACUUUACUAGGUCUCUACAAAGCUAACAAGUACAAAUCAUCUAUGAAGACUAAUCAGUGAUUUAAAUCACAUUCAUACACUGAUGGGACACACAUCAGAGGCAUUGGGGGUGAAGUGUUUUGUCAGGGACACUUCGACAUGUGAUUGAAUAGCGGGGAAUCGAAUUUCCACUCUGAGUGGUUUAGGAAAUUGUCCUCUAACCAGCCACAGCCGUCCCAAUAAUUCAGUAGUUUUUUUUCUCCUAACUAACCUUCAUAUUUCACCAACUCCUUCAGGUCUUUGAUUACAAGUACCUUUGCUUCUUUGUUUUUCCCUUGCUUCAGCAUUGCAAUCCUUUUUUUUUUCCUGUUAACAAACUUCAAGAUUGGAACAGUCGUCCCGUAAUCAUUAGGGGUAGGUUGCCGGUUCGAUCCCCCCCCUUCCAGCUGUUUUGGUCGUUAUAACCUUGGGCAAGACACUUCACCCGCCUUGUCUACUAAUGGUGGUCAGAGGGUCCGGGGUGAACAUGUGUGUGAAUGAG